GAAACUUAUUGCGUUUUGUAAAUGUGGUUUUCUAUCUUUGGGUCCGCCAUCUUGGCGCUGCAUCUGGGUACUCUUGAGCAGGUUUGGGGGCGUCAUUUUGAUCAGGCGCUGUGAGGACAGCCGUACUGUGAGGGGGGCCUUCCACCGUCAACAACGGAACCACAUGUGAACUGUACGUAAAGAAAAGCUUUUAAAAUACGUCUUAAGUUUGCAAUUCUGAUGUUUAUUGUUUUAAAUAAAUGUACAUAUAUCUACCAUGGGGAUGUCAACUUACCUAACAUUAAACAGAUACGCUCAAACAGCCAUGAAAUAUCAUGUUUUUGUACGCUCUGAGCCAAACUCUGUACAAAAUCUGAAUAAAAAAUAAUUAACAAGGUCCGCAGCGCAAUAAGAUUGAUCAUCAUGUUUUACUUAAUGCAUUUUUAUAUUAACUAAAAGUCACUAUUGAAUUCGGUUAACAUAGAAUACACCAAUUUUUAGAUAUUUUAAUAAAAUCUUGACAUUGGUUGUAAUCAUUCGUGAUAAUGGACUCAAGUUGACUCUCCGUGAAAUUGCCAUAAAAAUACAAUCGAACAGUUUCAUUUUGGUGCUAUUUUACAGAUUAUCCUUAUUUAUAGAGCUAUAAACUAACCAAUCACACCUAAAUAUUUGAUAAAAGGGUGAUAUUUUGUUGGCAUAGCUCUGUUUUUAUGUCUGUGUGUGUCUGUCAGAGGUCAGGAUGGGUCGGUCCUCCAAAGACAAGCGGGAUAUUUACUACCGUCUGGCCAAAGAGGAGGGCUGGAGGGCCAGGAGCGCCUUCAAACUGCUGCAGCUGGACGAAGAGUUUAACCUGUUCACAGGUGAGGGACCCUCUGCAGUCAAUGGGUCAUUUACCUGUUUCUUCAAGUAUAAGAUGUUCCUGUAUUAGUCCCACAGGGGAAAAUUCCAUAACAGUGGGCUCUCUGGUCCUUUUCAGGCCCUUAAAAGCACCUUUGACAUCUGUUUGUGCUUCCCUGUACUCGUCUGCUGUAUCUUAAUAAAUGUCUGAUUUGCCUAAAUUUAAUCUACAAGUGUGACUUUCCCUCUCAGGUGUAAACAGAGCGGUGGAUCUGUGCGCCGCUCCUGGCAGCUGGAGCCAGGUCCUCAGUCGGAAACUCAGGUUUGACUUUUUUAUGUUUUCGUUUCACAGAGAUACACCUGAACAAAAAUGACCCUUAUAUCUUUAAGUUGACUGUUUUCUUGAGUCAACUUUUUUUAAGUUUACUUAUGAAUAUUUUUAUUUUUUUCUCAGAGGGCGGGAGGAAAAGGGAGAAAAGGGUGAUGCAGGUGAGGAAGUGAAGAUUGUGGCAGUGGACCUGCAGGCCAUGGCCCCUCUGCCCGGAGUCACUCAGAUCCAAGGAGACAUCACUAAGGCGAGGACACAAUCAACACAUGAAUGAAUUAGUCAGAUCGGUGUCUCGUAUGUCUCAUAGGAGCAGGAGUAAGAGUGUGUUUGGAGGAGAUGAGCGGGGACAACUGAAAUUCUGUUCAAGUGUUAGUGUUGGUAAACUCACAGUAUCUGAAAAUGAAGACACACUGCGUGUCUGAGUUUUUAAAGCGCAUCGGAAACAGAAGCGGGUCUGUGCUGUGUCAGGUGACCCGCAUCCUCUUCCUCCUCUCAGGUGUCAACAGCUCAGGAGAUCAUCCGACACUUUGAGGGUCAGCCGGCUGACCUGGUGGUGUGUGACGGAGCUCCAGACGGUAAAGCACUCAUGUUCUUUAUCCAGAUAUUUACCCUCUGUAUGUCGCUGCUAAUAUUUUUGGGUUUGAGGCAUCAGGAGUAAUUUCCUUGUUUUUCCCGUAGUUACUGGUCUCCAUGACGUGGACGAGUACAUCCAGGCUCAGCUCUUAUUGGCUGUGAGUAUAGAGGUGUGUGCUGUGCUCACCUGUAGGUGUCAUGCUGACAGCUGUUUGUCUCUCUCAGGCUCUGAACAUCACGACUCACGUCCUGAAACCCGGAGGGACGUUUGUGGCUAAAGUAAGACCUUUCAAAAGCUUUUUAACUGUCAAUGAACUUCAGUCUGUUUGAGGUUUUUACGUAUUAGUCAGUCUGGAUAAUCAGCACAGGGUGAAGUUCAGUGGUGCAUUAUGGGCCACAGACUACAGAUCAGGUCCUGUUAUAAUCUAACCUCCUCCUGCCCCGUGUGCCUCAGAUCUUCAGAGGUAAAGACGUGACUCUGCUGUACUCUCAGCUGAAGAUCUUCUUCACCGGUGUGACCUGCGCUAAGCCUCGCAGCAGCAGGAACUCCAGCAUAGGUGAGAUUUACAUUUAAAGCUUCAGUGAGGAACUCUGGCAAAAACUCUCUCCCUCUGCGUUUGUUGAAAAGAUAAAACAGUAAAAAAAACUCAGAGUAGCUUUAAAUGAGUGUUUUUUUAAUUUAUUUUUAUUUGUUAUUCUCUCCAUUUCAUCGCUAUUUUUUGCUCAUAAACAGAAAAAUUCUUGUUUUACUUUAGUUUUCUUCUUUUGGAUGGGUGGGUUAGAUAGAUUUCAUUUAUAUAGAUCUCCAUUAGCUUUGGUUUAGGCCAUCGCUCUUCUUCCUGGAGUCUGUGUUUACAAUUAACUCUCCAUCGCAGUACAAAGACACACAAAAAAAACAUCACGCCACAAACACGAAGACAACGUUGAAAACCACAGCAACUCACAACAAAACUAGAACAAUACAAACAACAUACACAUAUUACUGGACCUGAGUUUCACAGUGUAGCUAUAGUUCAGAAAUAAUCAGAUGUUCAAAUAUCAACAUACAUUCUAUGUUAUUUAAUUAAUUUACAGAAACUGUACCCUAUACAUACGCAGACUUAAGAUAAAACUGAUUGGUUGUACAAAGCAGGUUCAUCUAAAUAAGAAGCUCUUUGACUAAUAAAUGUUCUUUAACUAGAUCUUUAAAUCUGUAUUUGUUGUUUUCUUGGAUAAUAUGUCCUGGGAGAGCAUUCCACAUCACCAUGGCCCUAUAUACAUUACCGUACUGUGGAUUGAUAGAUUGAUAGAGGGGGUAAACGGAUGGAUGGAUGGGAAUGUGGGUAGGAUUAGAUGGAUGAAUAGAUAAAUGGAUGGAUGGAUAGGUGGAUGAGCUGAUUGGGUGUUGAAUGCUCUCCGGUAUCUUACUUACACUGCUAAGAUUAGAGAAUUUAUGCUGCGAUCCUCGUUGGAAAAGUCAUUUAGAUUUUACUGAAAACAUGACCCUGUAAAAAAAUCAUGUGAGAAUAUUAAAACUAACUUUUAUUGUGCAGAAGCCUUCGUGGUGUGUCAGAAUUACUCUCCUCCUGAGGGCUACGUCCCCAACAUGUCCAACCCUCUGCUCGAUCAUUCCUACGGUGAGUAAGAGGCUUUCACAGAAAAGUGCAGAGUCAGCAGAAUUUUCAAAGGUCCUGAAACAAAAUUUGAUUUUCAGUGAGAAUGAUGUCCUCAGUCUGGGGUUUUGUUUCUGUGCUUCAGAUGUGGACUUUAACCAGUUAGAGGGGCCAAACCGGGUCAUCGUUCCCUUCCUGGCGUGUGGUGACCUGAGCGCCUUCGACUCCGACAGGACCUACCCUCUACAGGUGAGCCGACCUGAAGGUGUAUCCUGCUGCUUUUUACCGAGACAAACAGAAACGAGGUUCUCCUGACUGAGUCCAUUAAAUAUCUGAUCAGUUUGAGGUUAAACUGCUCUAUUUAUUUAAGGAGCUUUAACUCUUUCAUGGUUACAUAAGUUCACGGCUGAAUUUUUCUGUCUUCUUCCUUCAGCUGGAGGAAGGGAAACAGUAUCAGUACACCCCACCCACCCAGCCGCCCAUACGUCCCCCCUACCAGCAGGCCUGCCACCUUCGUAAGAGCAACCUACUGUCCAGAGAGGACGCUCCUCCCGGCUGUCCCAACCAAGAAGAGACAGAGCAACCUGCCGAGUCCACCUGAUCCGUACGAGUGCAAAAACGUGUACAAAAACUCAAAGGAGACAUUGGACCGUUUUACCUAUCUGUUAAGUACUCCAGCCUGUCAGUAGGGGGAGCUCCAAAUAUUUUUGGUGUUACUUUUGAGGAGUGCUUUCUUUUUAAUGAGUCCUUGACUAACAGGGAAGGAUUGUUCACAUUUUCUAUUCAAUAAAAAGUUGAAGAAAAAAGGGACCACUACAAA